AUGAAGGACAAGAGCCACCCUCGACCCCACCCAAAAGACCAGCGUCGUAACCGAGGAGCAACAAUCGUCGUUAGACGCUGCGAAACGAAUUCCCUCCAGCGACGAAUCUCCCGCCCUUGGCGCGCUACCCACCUCAGGAAAAAGUGGGUCCCAUUCACAGCUCGACGGGACGACCGCUUCCCCCAAGCCUGCUCUGCUUCGACAGAAACGCCUCAGGCAGAAGUAGAAAAUAAGGCGCGCCUUGCUCGUGUGCAGGACUCGGUUUCGCUUUCGUUGCCUCGAGGCAGCCCCUCUUUCCUGUCAGGCCAUCAAGACAUAGCCUGCGGGAAGAAACUCGGAAUUUCUCUGUCCUUCGGCGAACUUCUUCUUUGCAUCGCUUCAUUUGCAAAGCAAGAGGUGGGGAAGGCUCCGGAGUUCCUGGGAGCCCGACCAUACGAGUGCGUUUCUGUCUGGUUGCAUUGCAUUUCCAAAAGACAAUUUAAAACUAAAGGUGAUGGGGAGCAGCUGCUCACUCAGUGGUCUUUACAGGAACCAAAUGGCCAAACGUAA